AUGACAUUUUCUACCAAAUCACUGGCUGGCUCGGGCUAUGUCAUCCUCAAUGUGCUCAAAGGUAUGAACAUAACUGGAUUGCUCGCCAUCAUCGCUGCAAGCGUUUUCAUGCUCAUCAAGACAACAACUGAUUCAAGCUUCUUCUUCUUCGAUGCCGUCACCCAUGUCGUGGUCGCAUCGGUGGCCAUAUUCCUGAUCGUGUCAGAAAUUGGCAUUUUCAGUGGCUACUUCGCUCGCAACUGGCCUUUGCUCAGCCUGGAACAUGGGUUCGUGGGCCUUGCUUCAGCCAUGGUUGUCCUCGCCAUGCACGUUCUGGCAUGUCUCAACAAGCCCAGCAACAGCAAAGAGCAUCUAGGUAUGGCCUUCUGGCGGGUUGUCAUCAUGGCUGGUAUCCUGAACCUCAUCCUUGGAGUGUUUAACCUCAUCGCAAGCUUCGCAUUCCGCAACAGUACUCUAGGUAUCACAGCGCGCCAAGUUCGUGCUCGAGGAGCUGAAGCAGCAGAUCUGGCCGCAAUUCAACGAACUGCGAGCACAGCCAAAUCUAUGUCGUCUCGAAUCACAGCCGACAGCUCGCUGAAACAGUUCCGCACCAGCACAAAGGAAGAAUACACCUUACCUUCGUACCAUAGUCCCUCGCCCGAGCCUCAACAGCAGCGAACACCCGUCUCACCUUCUUUGUACUCUCGGGCGACCUGGUGUAGUAAGAAGAAGUUCUUCGGCCGCAGAAAGGAAAGCGUCGGGCCUCCGCUCCCAGUCAACAUCUCAGCACCCUAUGACUUCGAGUCGCAAUUCCCACCAACCAUUGCGAGACCCGACUCGACUCUGCAUCCCAGUCGUGACACCGAGAGCGAGACUCACAGAUGGAGAGCAGAUCGUUAG